UUUACACCUCGGGAAAGACGCCGCCAAGGCCGCGGAGCUUCGUGUGUUGCCUCAUAAAGCCCCGAAAGGAGAAUAGGAGCGCUUUUCUUUCGUGUACGAAAUGGAGCUAACCUACCAAACGUUGAAAUCUACUUAUAAGGCCAAAGAAGCGGAAGAGAUGCGAUCAGAAGCCCGUAGAAAAAACCUCCUCAUUCUGAUUUUACAUUAUUUAACGGAUGAAGGUUAUGUCGACACUGCAAAUGCAUUGGAGCAAGAAACGAAGCUGGGCUUGCGGCGCUUUGAAGUUUGCGACAAUGUUGACCUUGAGACUAUUUUGAUGGAAUACGAAAGCUACUACUAUGUCAAAUUCCAGAAGUACCCAAAGAUUACCAAAAAAGCCUUAGACACCACAGACAACAAACCAAGAAUUGGAGGAAAACAAAAAAGGGCAACAAGCAGCACAUGUCGGAAUCUUCCUAAGAUUCAACCAGCAAAUCAGAGGCCAGUUUCAAAAAGUAUUUCUCGUAGGACAAUCGAGCCAAAACAUUCCAGCAUGGAUAGUCCUAAAGAGGAGAGUGAAGAUGCUUUUUCCCGAGUGCCAUCUGAGUUUGGUUUAAACGUGUCUGCAAUCCAGAAAGGAAGUGGAGAAGGCACUCAUCCUAGGAGGGGCCAAAUCAUUGAUUUCCGUGGGAUGAUUCAGGAUGCUAUCAAAGGAGCAUCAAAUGAAAUUGCUGUGCACAGCCUUAACUGCAAUCCAGAUCCUUCGGAACGGUUAUUGAAACCUCUGGGUGCCUUUAUUGGGAUGACUGGUGAAAUGAGAGAACUUGCGACGGUUGUGAGCAGGGAUAUCUACCUCCACAACCCGAAUGUAAAGUGGGACGAUAUCAUUGGCCUCGAUGCAGCCAAGCGGUUGGUCAAGGAAGCUGUUGUGUACCCAAUUAGGUAUCCACAACUGUUUACUGGCAUCCUCUCUCCAUGGAAAGGACUAUUGCUCUACGGGCCCCCAGGCACUGGGAAGACUUUGCUAGCCAAAGCUGUUGCCACUGAAUGCAACACAACCUUCUUCAACAUCUCGGCAUCCACCAUCGUCAGCAAAUGGAGGGGGGAUUCAGAAAAGCUUGUGAAAGUGUUAUUUGAACUUGCCCGCUACCACGCCCCCUCCACAAUCUUCCUGGAUGAGCUGGAGUCCGUCAUGAGCCAACGAGGCACAACCCCAGGCGGUGAACACGAAGGAAGCCGGAGGAUGAAAACGGAAUUACUGGUGCAGAUGGAUGGCCUGGCCCGGUCAGAUGAUCUUGUCUUUGUUUUAGCGGCUUCCAACCUGCCCUGGGAACUGGAUUACGCGAUGUUGCGUCGGCUUGAGAAGAGGAUCCUGGUGGACCUCCCGAAUAAAGAGGCAAGGCAGGCGAUGGUUCAGCACUGGCUUCCUUCCGUGAGCAACAGCGGCGGAGUCCAACUGAGGACAGAGCUGGACUACAGCUUACUCAGUCAGGAGAUGGAAGGAUACUCUGGUUCUGACAUCAAGCUGGUCUGCAAAGAAGCUGCUAUGCGCCCUGUGAGAAAAAUCUUCAGCGCCCUUGAAAAUCACCAGCCAGACAGCGGGAGCUUACCUGUAAUUGAACUGGACACAGUCACCACAGAAGACUUCCUCGAUGUGAUCACUCACACGAAGCCCUCUGCUAAGAACUUGAGCCAAAAAUACACCGAGUGGCAAAAAGAAUUUGAGUCUGUCUGAACUCUACCUUACCCCCCCCCCACAAGUCAAGAUUUCAACCAUCCAGGUCCCAACAAAUUUCUGGCAGCCAGAGACUGAAUACUUAACAUUAAAGUGGAUUUUAUUUUUCCUUAAUCUAAGAGAAACAGAACAAUCCAUUCUCAAAGGUGCACGCUAAUUAUUAUUAUUUUUUAAGGACUGAGAGAGGGGCUUGCCGCUUGUUUGUUGCCGAGCCUCUUUCCCCUCCUGCCUUUACUAAUAGGCAAUGGGAAACAUUUUUGCACUUUAUGCCUGAAAUCCAAUUAAUUGUAAUAUCCUCUUACACCCACCGCCAGGCAUACAGACAUCCCUGCUGACACCACAAGUAUUUUGCUGCUGGUGCUUCAGAGGAACAAAGACAAUAUUUGCAAUACCAGAAGAGAUGGUGGUUAGUGGGAGUUCUCAGGGAUCCUUGUAUUAAAACCAGCAGGUGUUGAGCAGGACUUGCAAGGAUGAAGAAUAAACUAUUGGUCCUCUUUAAGGGAUGCAUUCUGGGAUUCCGGUUCACCCCUUGCCUGAGUUUAUUCAGAAUCUAAGGUAGACUUUUCAAAGAUGACUGGGAUCACGUGUGUCUCGGGGCCAAACAUGACGCAGCCUUAGAGCUGGAGAACCUCCCAAUAGUUUUUGAACAUUGCAGCUGUGGUAGAAGCAGCAGCAGCGGGGAGGGGUGCUUAACCCUGUCCUCCAGGCUGCUUUCUUUAAUAAGUUGACAGGAUGACCCAUUACCCCUGCAAAAGGUGCUUCUUCCUCGGCAAGGGAAGAAGAUAGCAGUGCCGUGGAUUUGGCUUCAGUGGGAGACUCAAAGGUUUUCUCUACUCAUGUUUCUCUCCUUUGCAUCAUAUGAUCUUCUAAAGCUAGAUAUAGGGCCUUCAGGUCAAAUUGCCCCAGGCUGUGGAAUCACUAAACUGAUGCGACUGUAACUGUUUUUAAUUUGGGACUUUAAAUUGUUGUAACCUGCCCUGGGGACCUGCUCAUGAAGGGUGGGUAACAACAGCAGCAGCACCAAAUUUAUUGAUGAUAACUAGGGCUGGGCGAUAUCUGGUUUUCAAAAUCGUGAUAGAUAAA